AUGUCGCAUUACGUCCUCGCGGUCUCCGGGCUGGGCAACGUCGUCGGCACAGGCGCUGCCGUCGCACGCCUGUUCGCCCGCGAACCAGGGUACCGCGUCGCUCUGAUCAGUCGACCGCGGAAAGAGGUCCACGACUUGAAGGACGAGAUCGCGAAGGGUGGAGGGGUCGCGGAGGUGUUCAGCGUGGAGGAGUAUAGCUACCAAUCUAUGAACAAGGUGUUUGAGGAUAUCAAGAAGCACUGGCCUGAUGGGAGGCUGAAGUGUGCGGUGUGGAACACAUCUCAAUGGUCGCGCAUUCCCUUCCUCGACAUUACCGAGAAAGACAUCACCGCCUCCGCCACAAUCAACAUCAUCUCCGCCACGGCCUUCUCGCAAGCCGCCGUGCGAGCCUUCACUGCGCCCGGGUCCGACCCCGACCAAGGCGGGACGCUGAUCAUGACGGGCGCGACGAGCGCGACGAGAGGCCACACGCACUUUGGGGCGUUUGCGGCGGGCAAACAUGGGCUGAGGGCGUUGAGUCAGUCGAUUGCGAGGGAAUACGGUCCGCAAGGCGUGCAUGUCGCGUUUGUCAUCAUCGACGGCACCAUCCUCACCCGCAUCACCGCACGCAUGUUCUCUUCCAUCGAAGGCAAGGACCCCAACUGGAUGCAAGAUGAAUGCCAGCGCCUCUCGCCCGACUCGAUCGCGAGGGCGUACUUGUACCUCCAUCAGCAGACGCCGGAUGCGUGGACGCUGGAGAUGGAUCUCAGGCCGGCCAAGGAGAAGUUCUGA